AUGUAUCAAGCACAAAAUUAUUUUCAAAGUUUAGGGACAGCCGGACAUAGAGCUACUUCGUCAUACAACUACAUGCCGCAGUACACUCCGGGCAAUUACUACGACCCAUCCCAGUCACAUCAUAGACAUACAAGAUCGUUCUACUCGACGUAUCAUCCAUCGGGGCCUCCACAGGCUUCGCAACCACAGUAUAUGGCACCUCCUCCACCUCCUGUACAGGCGCCACCAAUGUACCAAGAGCAGCCUAGUAAUGGAGGCAUCAACUCCGUGUUGGAGUACGACCUCAACAACAUGGCCACCUUCUUGAGUUGGUGUACUUAUGGGAUGUUGAAGCAGGACAAAACCCCUACCAAAGAAUUUGAAAAUUUGAUUGUUUCCGUAUUAUUCGCAACCAGAUUACCAAAGUCAACAAUUAUCAUUGCUCUUGAAUACAUGAAUCAAAGGUUUUCGAAUAAGAAUUUCGGUGAUUUAUUGGAGCAAGAAAUAUUCACUAAGUUGAUUGUUUCGUUAGUAUUGGGUAAUAAGUUCAACGAUGAUAAUACUUUCACUAACAGAUCGUGGUGCGGAGCUACCGGCUUACAAAUCGAAGUCGUCAACAAGGAAGAAAAAGAUUGGUUGAAGGAGGUAAACUGGCAAUUAAAUGUGGUCAACUUCGAAACCAACAUCAAAACGUUGGAGGAAUGUUGGAAGACCUGGUUGGAGAAGUACAGUGGAAACGCAAAGUACAACUCCCCAGCUGUACCGCAAAACUAUUCUCCAUACACUCCACAUGCUACUUACCAACCCACUAGUAUCCCAUCAUCGCCUGUCUACCACGAACCUUCUUAUUCAUACGGCUAUGCAUCUUCCCCAAUCACUUCAUCCCCUAUAAAAUAUGCUCAUGAAUCUAUAUGGUCGAGCUCUAACCCAGCGGCCAAGAAUAGUAAUAAUAAUAUAUGGACAUAUACUCCAUCUUACCAAUAUGUUCCAAAUCACGGUCCAGUGUUCGCUGAACCAACAAAUAACUACUUCGGAGCAUCCAAUUUCGUGGGCUACACUAACCCAUAUUACAACUACAAUACAGCUUCUUGCUAA